AUGGCGACCCCCGACCAGAAGUCGCCGAACGUCUUGCUGCAGAACCUGUGCUGCCGGAUUCUGGGCAAGAGCGAAGCUGAUGUAGCUCAACAGUUCCAGUAUGCUGUGCGAGUUAUUGGCAGCAACUUUGCCCCAACUGUUGAAAGAGAUGAAUUUCUAGUUGCUGAAAAAAUAAAGAAAGAACUUAUUCGACAAAGAAGAGAAGCAGAUGCUGCACUAUUUUCAGAACUUCACCGAAAACUUCAUUCACAGGGAGUUUUGAAAAAUAAAUGGUCAAUUCUCUACCUCUUGCUAAGCCUGAGUGAAGAUCCACGCAGGCAGCCAAACAAGGUUUCUAGCUAUGCCACAUUAUUUGCCCAAGCAUUACCAAGAGAUGCUCACUCAACUCCCUACUACUAUGCCCGGCCUCAGACUCUCCCAUUGAACUACCAGGAUCGCAGCACCCAGUCAGCACAGAGCUCUGGCAGUAUGGGAAGCAGUGGCAUCAGCAGUAUCAGCAUGUAUGCCCUAAAUGGCCCGACACCUACACCACAAUCUGUUCCAGGACAGUCUCAUCAAGCUACAGGGGUAGGAGACUGUCUUCGACAGCAGCUGGGGUCGCGCCUCGCAUGGGCUUUAACUGGAAACCAGCCUUCUUUACAAACCACUACCUCAAAAGGUAUACCCAACACUGUUUCUCGCACUGUCCCAAGGCCAAGGAGAGAUUGGGAUGCAGGUGGUACUUCGGAUGUUACUGAGGCAGCCCUUGUCAGAGACAUUUUAUACGUAUUCCAGGGCAUAGAUGGCAAAAUCAUCAAGAUGAAUAACACUGAGAAUUGUUACAAAGCAGAGGGAAAGGCAAACCUGAAUAAAUCUUUGAGGGAUACGACAUCCAGACUUGCUGAGCUGGGAUGGUUACACAAUAAAAUCAGGAAGUACACGGACCAGAGGAGUCUAGACCGUUCAUUUGGACUUGUAGGUCAGAGCUUUUGUGCUGCCUUGCACCAAGAACUCAAAGAAUACUACCGAUUACUCUCAGUUUUACACUCCCAGCUACAGUUAGAGGAUGAUCAGGGUGUGAAUUUGGGCCUUGAAAGUAGCUUGACACUCCGUCGCCUCCUGGUAUGGACAUAUGAUCCCAAGAUAAGACUGAAGACUCUCGCAGCCCUGGUGGACCAUUGCCAAGGAAGGAAAGGAGGUGAGCUGGCCUCAGCUGUCCAUGCUUACACGAAAACGGGAGAUCCGUACAUGAGGUCCCUGGUGCAACACAUUCUCAGCUUAGUGUCUCAUCCUGUCCUGAGCUUCCUGUACCGUUGGAUAUACGACGGGGAGCUUGAGGACACCUACCAUGAAUUUUUUGUAGCAUCAGAUCCUACAGUAAAAACAGAUCGACUGUGGCAUGACAAGUAUACUUUAAGGAAGUCGAUGAUUCCUUCAUUUAUUACGAUGGAUCAAUCUAGGAAGGUUCUUUUGAUAGGAAAAUCAAUAAAUUUCCUGCACCAGGUUUGUCAUGACCAGACACCCACUACAAAGAUGAUAGCUGUGACCAAGUCUGCAGAAUCACCCCAAGAUGCUGCAGACUUAUUCACAGAUUUGGAAAAUGCAUUUCAGGGGAAAAUCGACGCGGCUUAUUUUGAGACCAGUAAAUACCUAUUGGAUGUUCUCAAUAGAAAGUAUAGCUUGCUGGAUCACAUGCAGGCCAUGAGGCGGUACUUACUUCUCGGUCAAGGAGACUUCAUAAGGCACUUAAUGGACUUGCUCAAACCAGAACUUGUCCGUCCAGCUACGACUUUGUAUCAACACAAUUUGACUGGAAUUCUUGAAACUGCUGUCAGAGCCACCAACGCCCAGUUUGACAGUCCUGAGAUCCUCAAAAGACUGGACGUGAGGCUGCUGGAGGUGUCUCCAGGUGACACUGGGUGGGAUGUCUUCAGCCUGGACUACCACGUUGAUGGACCGAUUGCAACUGUGUUUACUCGAGAAUGCAUGAGCCACUAUCUAAGAGUGUUUAACUUCCUUUGGCGGGCUAAGCGAAUGGAAUAUAUCCUCACUGACAUACGGAAGGGGCAUAUGUGUAACGCGAAGCUCCUGAGAAAUAUGCCAGAGUUCUCUGGCGUGCUGCAUCAUUGUCACAUUCUGGCAUCUGAGAUGGUCCAUUUCAUUCAUCAGAUGCAGUAUUACAUUACAUUUGAGGUGCUUGAAUGUUCUUGGGAUGAACUUUGGAACAAAGUGCAGCAGGCCCAAGAUUUGGACCACAUCAUUGCAGCCCAUGAGGUGUUCUUGGAUACCAUCAUCUCCCGGUGUCUACUGGACACUGACUCCAGAGCACUUUUAAACCAGCUUAGAGCCGUGUUUGAUCAAAUCAUUGAACUUCAGAAUACUCAGGAUGCGAUAUAUAGAGCUGCCCUGGAAGAGCUGCAGAGACGGUUACAGUUUGAAGAGAAAAAGAAGCAGCGUGAAGCUGAGGGCCAGUGGGGAGUGACAGCAGCAGAGGAAGAGGAGGAGAACAAGAGGAUUCAAGAAUUUCAAGAGUCUAUACCAAAAAUGUGUUCCCAGUUGCGAAUAUUGACGCAUUUCUACCAGGGGAUUGUGCAGCAGUUUUUGGUGUUGCUGAUGACCAGUUCUGAUGAAAGUCUGCGGUUUCUUAGCUUCAGGUUGGAUUUUAAUGAGCAUUAUAAAGCCAGAGAGCCAAGACUCCGCGUGUCCCUGGGCACCAGGGGGCGGCGCAGUUCCCACACCUGA